UCCUGAUCAUGAUCAUGCUUCUAAUGUUCUCGGUCAGUGUAUUUGCGGUUUUUAACUUUGUGAAUUAAUUAAUAAGAAAAAAACUAAACUACACACUAUCUUAUCUAAAUAGUUACAGUGAAUCAAUGCCAAAAUGUUUGCUAUAAACCUACGACGAGUAUACUGUGCAUGCGAUAAAAUAAUUGUUAGAACAUUACGAAAUCGAAGGAUGGAGGUUCCUGGGCCAAAUCCUGGAUUAGACAGACGAGUAACGGCUCUUCGAGAAGAAGGAGUCCCCAUCACAGGCAACGCGGAAGAAUUUCUGGACCAGUCUGAAAGUGAAUUCUAUAAUAUGGAUGAGACUUACAAUGCACAUAUAGCUGAGAGCUUGGCAGGCAAGCAUGACUUACGGCACAGAAUCGUCAAAGACAAGUACUUCAAGGAAAAUAUGCCCAACUUGUUGACUUGGAGUGAAAAGGAGCAGAUCCGGCAUCUGGUAAACGAGCAGCCUGAUGAAUGGACGCCGGAGCGCAUUGCAGAGAGCUUCCCGGUCACUGCCGCUGUUGUUAAGAAAUUACUGAAAUACCCUUGGAAGCCAGCAACUGAAGCGCGCAUAGCUCGCCACGACGCAUCCGCUGUGAGAAACUGGAGGGAACUAAAAGAAAAUACCUUAGACAUACCUGAAGACCUACGCCAACACUUUCUUAAAUUUUCCGAUAGAACUAUACCUCCUCUGAAAGCCAAGUCGGUGAGACCUGAUGUAAUGGUCGAAAAAAUGGGGGAAUUUGAAAAGAUAGUACAGAAAUGUGCUGAAAAAGCAAAUAACAAUGACAUUGAAGAUAGUGAUUCCAAAGAAGUGGCCAUACAUACAUCCAAUAACACUAAGAGCAAAAGUAAUGUAAUAAAAGGUCAUCAAAGAGUGACAUUAGAAGAGAUGACAAUUAAAAUUAAGAAACGCUUAGAGAGUGGCAAGGCCAUUGACCUCCCAGACCAAAUAAUGCUCAGUGCAGUGAAUUCUGCUCAAAAGGAAGUAUCAGCUACAGAAUUAAGUAAAGAAAUUGACUUAGCAGAAGAAAAACCAAAAGAAGUAUCAGUAAUAAAUGAGCAAAAUGAAGAAAAAACAUCAAUCAUGGAAUAUCCACAAAGAAUUAGGAUUCCGAAGAAGGCUUACAAAAAAGGUGCUACUUAUAAAGUGGAUGAUUGUUAUUAUGACGAUGAUGGUAAAUUCCUGUACAGAGUCCUAGGCAUGUCUAACUGACAUUCUGAAAUAUAAAAUAAAACAAUAUUCAUGAAGCCUUA